AUGGCCACACUAGAUUUCGACGUGACCGUGUUUCUGACCGACGAAGCCUCUAGCAGCGGUGGUCCUUCUUCAUCCACCAAAAAGCCGAAGCGGUUCGAUAUCAAGAAGUGGAAUGUGGUUUCUCUCUGGGCUUGGGAUAUUGUCAUGGAUAAUUGCACUAUUUGUCGAAACCAUAUCAUGGAUCUCUGUAUUGAGUGCCAAGCCAACCAGGCUAAUGCAAAGUCAUCUUCUUAA